UGUGAACGAAGCGUCAUAAAGGCACAAUGACAACGCGAUCUUCUUGCUUUAUUUAAUGCUAUGAAUGUCGAGACUUAGAGGAAAUUGUGACUACUGAACCAUAAGAAAUGGACGCUACAUCUCUAGAAGGCUUGGCUGAGCACUUUCAGCAAAAGUUAGAAAUGGUCAACACCAUCAUGGAUUUGAGAAGUGCUGACGAGGACGAUGAGGAUAGUUACCGGUCACAAGUGGUCAGCUUACAAACUGAACUGGACAACCUACAAGUGGUCAUAGCUUUAAUGCGGACAGAGGUUAAUAAACAAUCAACAAAGCUCAAGGACACAGAGUCCAUGAAGACAGAUAUGGAGAGACUGGUCUCUAAGCUGAAUCAUGCAGUUACUAAUAUCCCCACGAGGAUGCCAAAGCCAGCUCAGAAAGAAGCUCCUGUAGAAAUCAAAGAAAAGCCAACAGCGGCAACCACAAAAACAGCUACUGCACAAAGUAAGAAAUCAACCAACCAGGUAUCUUGUAAGGAAAACCAGCCUCCACGAAGUAACCAAUCAGGAGGAAGGAAACAGAAGAAUGUGUACAUACCAACUCUGGAGUACAUCACAGUGGAAGAAUUUGAAAAUGUUCCUAAGUAUAUCAAGGGACGCAUGACUUAUAACCAGGUCAACACGAUGAUGGAUGAAAUCAACAAAGCGUACAAGGAAAAAUACAAGAUCCUUGCCAUGAAACGAACAACACUUAGUGAUGUCAACAGAAAGCGUUACGAAAAGUUCAAAUUACAGGAAUCUAAAGAAACAACAGGGGAGCAUUUCAUUGUGGAUGAAGAUGUGAAAGAGUUCUCACAUAUAAAAAUGGACAGUGUGUACCGAUCUCUGUUGACACUUUUACGUCAUUGUGGUCGACUGAAGGAAAUUCGUGGAGGUGGACAUACUCGUUACGCAAGCAUUGAAGUGUACUGA